AAAUAUAUCAACAACUUCAUUUCAGAUAUAUCAAACUAAAUUCAACUCCUUCACUUACACAACCCUGUCUUCGAUCUUACACACCCACAUAAAAAAAACCCAUUUACAAGACAUCUUUUUUUACAUGAUUUGAUGCUGUCUAGCUCUUUCUAGUCAAAACAGAUUCUGGGUAUUUCUUGGUUUGUGUUUUCUUGAGCUGGGGUUUGGUUUAAUUGAGGUUUAGAGAUGUGUUGUUGAGUUGGGGAGAAGAUGAAACUGGGUGGUGUUCAAGUAGCUAAAUCUGGGUCUAUGCCAAGUUCAAGCUCUCAUGGGUCGACCCAACAGUUUCCUGCGGGUCUUCGGGUCCUUGUGGUGGAUGAUGAUCCAACUUGUCUCAUGAUCUUGGAGAAAAUGCUCAGGACUUGUCACUAUGAAGCGACAAAAUGCAAUCGAGCUGAGAUUGCAUUAAACCUACUAAGGGAGAACAGAAAUGGAUAUGAUAUUGUUUUAAGUGAUGUUCACAUGCCUGACAUGGAUGGGUUUAAGCUUCUUGAGCACAUUGGACUGGAGAUGGACCUCCCUGUUAUCAUGAUGUCUGCGGACGAUAGCAAGAACGUAGUAAUGAAAGGUGUAACUCAUGGUGCCUGUGAUUACCUGAUCAAACCAGUUCGUCUUGAAGCAUUGAAGAACAUAUGGCAGCAUGUAGUACGCAGAAAGAAACAUGUGUGGAAGGACAUUGAGCAAUCCGGCAGUGUGGAAGAUGGGAAGCUACAGCAACAGACACCUGACGAUGCUGAUUACUUGUCUUCUGCAAAUGAAGGCAGUUGGAGAAACUCAAAGAGAAGGAAGGAUGAAGAAGAAGAUGCAGACGAUAGAGAUGAUGACACAUCGUCAUUAAAGAAACCACGGGUUGUCUGGUCAGUUGAGCUUCACCAACAGUUUGUAGCAGCCGCGAAUCAACUUGGAAUUGACAAGGCUGUUCCAAAGAAAAUUCUAGAGUUGAUGAAUGUUCCUGGACUCACUAGAGAAAAUGUAGCCAGUCACCUUCAGAAAUAUCGCCUAUAUCUUAGAAGAUUAAGCGGCCAGCACCAGAAUGCACUCAAUGGCUCUUUCAUGGGGAACCCAGAAGCAACUUAUGGAUCGAUAUCUUCGUUCAAUGAUCUAGAACUUCAAGCAUAUGCUGCAAGUGGUCAACUCCCAGCACAAAAUCUUGCAGCACUUCAAGCAGCAGCGUUUGGCAGGUCUUCGUCGAAAUCAGUUGUAUCACCUCUAGAUCAAAGAAACCUUUUUAGUUUUGAAACUCCAAAGUUACGCUUUGGAGAAGGGCAACAACAACACCUGAGCAAUAGUAAGCAGGUGAAUUUCCUCCAUGGUAUCCCAACAAAUAUGGAGCCAAAGCAACUUGCCAAUUUUCAUCAAGCUGCCAAUUCAUUUGGAAUUAAUAUGCAAGUCGGCUCUCAUGGAACCCAAGGUAGUUCUCUGAUGAUGCAGAUGGCUCAACCACAGUCAAGAUCUCAAAUACAAAAUGACAUUAGUGGUAGUUAUGUUUCAAGACUUCCACCAUCCAUCGGGCAGCCUGUUGUUUCAAAUGUUGUUUCAAAUGGGACAAGUAGAGUUUUGACACGGCCAGUAUACAAUCAUCAAGUCUCUCAAACCUCUCCAGUGGCAGGAAUCUCAACACACCACUCUAAUGAUCUGAUGAGGAAUAGCUUUCCUCUUGGGGGCAAUUCUGGAAUUUCAUCUCUGGCUUCCAAAGUGAUACCCCGAGAAGAGGCACCUAUCGAGAUAAAAGGAUCUCAAGGGGGUUCAAAUUAUGAUGUAUAUAGUGGGCAGCAGCAGCGCAAAUCUCAAGAUUGGACCAUACAGAAUUCUGGAUUGGCCUUCGACACAUUACAACAUGCAAAUAUGCGAGGAAACCUUGAUGUUUCACAAGCAGCCCUAGUUCAACAAAGCUUUUCAUCUAGAGAUGCAAUUGAGCAGAGCAGGAAUUCUUCUGUUUUGCCAUCUGUUUUACUGCAACAAGGUUAUCCUUCCAGUGGCCACAGCAGUAGCUCAUCUUUUGGCAAGGGAAUCUUCUCGGGAGUGGAAGAGAAUGGACACAGGAAUAUGCCAAACACUGGUCAGCAGCUUAAUGCUUAUUUUACUGACACUUCACCAAGAGUCAAGGCUGAACUGCUUGAAGGAAAUUUCUAUAAUAAUUUACUGCCUGACCAAUAUGAUCAAGAAGACCUCAUGUCUGCACUUCUAAAGCAUCAGCAAGAAGGGAUCGUAACAGUUGAAAAUGAUUUUGACUUCGAUGGGUAUCCCUUGGAUAACCUUCCUGUCUAGUUUUACUUCAGCUCCUGCUAUGCGGAUGAUAUGCAGUUUCUGGUGGUGUAUAUGGGUGCAUUGCAGCUGAAUAAACUUCUGCUUUGCAUCAAAUAGGGGAGGUUGAUUUCACUCCAUUAACUGAUUUGAUAACUUGUUCAGCUUGUGUAUUUCAAAGUUCAUAGAACAGUAGAUGUAAAAGUUGAGUUACUUAAAAGAUGACAUUCAGCUGAUGGUGAUGCACUUUCUCAUGCAAUUUUUUUACAACGAUAGGUAGGAUGAACUAAGAACAAGCAUAUUUUAGGGGUUGCUGCGGAUGCAAAUCUUUGACAUGUUUCUUGAUAAAUCUGUGGGUGUUUGCAAACUGGAAGAAUCUCUCUAACUGUAAUAACACAAUUUCAAUUUAGUUUUUUUAUCUUCAAGAACUUGAUCUUAAUGUACAGAAAUUUAUUCUAUUCACAGGACAUGAUUCUUUGUAUUGUUCCA